AAUAUCAGACUGUGGCUGACAUAGUAAGUCUCCUAUUUCAAUCAAUCACAAACGAUACUCUAUAAACAGAGGGAUUUACUGAAAAGAAAAGGCUGACUUGCUAUUGGCUUAUUUAUGCACAGGAUCCAUUUCAUAAAUUUAAUUUUUCUUGGUCAAUUUAGUUCAUACGAAGUAAUGUACCUUUCAGAUGAGAACGGCAAAUGAAUUUAAGCAAUUAUUUCCUUGGAAAGUUAUGUAUUUACUAACCUUGUUUGAAGCACCGCUUCCCGUGGAUUUGAUACGUAAAUGUGUGUACCACCUAUCAAUUUAGAAAUUACAAAAGGAAACUAAACUGAUAAAAAGAGGAAGGACUGUGGAAGGAGUUUUUCGGUGCAAUGAAGUCAAAGGUAAAAUAUAUGUUCUGGAGAACUAUUUUAUGCYUGGAAAUUCACUCUUGGAUCGCUCGAAGCGAAUCAUCUGGGUGCAGUGAAACUGGUAUAAAUCAAAACAUCCAGUUAAACAUCACCUGUGAUAAUUAUCUGGAUGUGUACAUAGAUGGUAAGUACAUUGGAGGAGAAGAAUACCCGACUAUAGGRAAGUACGUCAUUAGCACUGGCUCUGAAGUCAUUGCAGUCAAAUGUAAAGGAAUAAAUUCCUCUUCUUUGAGCAAUGCUAUUCUUGCGUCUCUUGGCAACGGCCUUAUAACAGAUCACAAUUGGAAAUGCACGCCAAAACUAGAGGCAGGAUGGAACAAGAAGACCUUUGACGAUCUGGAUUGGUCCCCGGCCCAAGAACUCUCUACAAAUACUCACGGGGGAAUUGUAUUACCAUGGGGACAGAAACACGAUAUUGCUCACGGUGCAAAGUUUAUAUGGACUAACGAUGCUGGCAAUGACAUGGAGAUUUACUGCAGACGAUUGCUGGUUACAAGAUGCAAUGAAAGAAGAUUCCGUUUUUUCACAACAAAAAAUGAAUGGAAAGACAAGGCUCUGAAGAACUCGGUGACGAAGACUACAACUGUUGGAAAUGUUCUUGAAUGCGGCAUGGGAUGCUUGAAUACACCUGGAUGCCUGUCGUUUAAUAUUGAAUAUGAUACGACAAAGAAAGAAAGAUUAUGUGAAAUAAACGAUCAAAAAGGCGCAUUUUCUACGUCCUCCAGAAAARGGUUCCAGUAUUUUGAAAUUACUAAGGCUGGAUUUUGAAUUGUAAGGAAAGGGGCUCAAAAAACGUAGCCAGAAACGAGGAAGGAAAGCUUGGAAAUGGACCUUUUGUUUUACUAAUGUCUCUAUAUGUCUUAAAGGGCGUACCCUUCCUAGCUUGUUUAUAUCACUGAAUUAUUAUGAAUCAAACAGUAUUCAUAUCUAUUUACAAGCAUUACUUUUCCAAAAGCGUCGAAUUCCAAUUCAUGUCGCGAGAAUUCUUCGUUUGCACAUGACGUCGUAAGCGCCAUCUUGAUUAAAUUCAACAAAAUAAUGGUGAAAUGAAUUAUUUUGUUAUAUCGACUAAGGCUCGGGUCAAACGUCGAACUUCACAUGAGUCGAACCAAAUUGAAAAAAAUGGAUAACAAGGCAUUUUUCUUUGAUAUUAUUGAGUUCGGCUCAUGUCAAGUUCGACGCUUGACCUGAGCCAUACACGGCAGUUGUUUCUUUUGUUGUUUCACCCCCUUUGGCAUGAUUGAAAUCCAUCCAUAGGGACCUUACRCACCUGGAAAUCUAGAGGAAGUAUCACCACGUGAUGGCAGCCACGACAGGGGGCACAACAAUAGAGUCUAAUUCCCUUGGGAAACUGAAUCCUUUAUGUGUUAACCAGAUUAGAUCGGGUUCAAUUGUGUCUGCCUCCUGUCAUGGCUGCCUGCACGUGAUGGUUGCAAAGCCUCUAUUUUGGGGUGCUAACUGAACCCAAGACUCUCGCAAUUUAUACUGGUGUGCAACUAAAUUAAGUUCUUGUUUACUAGUCAAUGAUGUUGAUGACAAAAAUAGCAGUCAAAGAAAUGAUGUCUAAAUAUUUUACAUCACGAAGUGAUUUUCUAUUUGCAUGGACUGACCACUAUCCCUUUCAGAUUACUUGUCAUUCUUUUUAGUAUAACUUCCUUGCUUAGUGGUAUUAUUCGAAAAUAGAGGCUUUGCAGCAUCACGUGAUAUCACGUGAUGGCAGCCAUGCCA